AUGAAACUGUUCCGGGAUAAGAAGCUGAUCCAGCACAAUUUUAGCGAAAAGUCCAUUUGCACUCUUGCAGAGAUCAUUAAGCCAUUCGGAAUCCCAGCCAUAAUAACGACUCAGUGUGUACCCAGGUACGGGCCAUGCGUUCCAAGCAUCAAAAAACACCUAGGAGAUAAUACACCGGAAUUCGAUAAAUCGAAGUUUUCCAUGAUGACCAAAGAAGUUUUUGAUUUUCUCAAGAGAGAGAAGAGAGAUCAUGUCGUUGUUGUCGGGGUUGAGGCUCAUAUUUGCGUCUCGCAGACUGUUUUUGAAUUACAAAAACAUGGCUACAAAGUUGUAGUCCUUGCAGAUGCUGUUUCGUCAAGUUCCUUUCAGGAGCGAAAUCUGGCGUUGCGGCGCAUGCUUGCUUCGGGGAUCUCUGUCAAUAGUCUAGAGGGUUGGACGUUUGAAUUGCUUGGUUCGUCGGACCAUCCAUUGUAUGACAAGUCCGAAUCGUCUCAAUGUGGAUUGUUGGUUCAAUCAGACUUCUGCGCUGUUGAAACGGACGAAGAGAAUUAG